GACGGCAGCCGGGUCCUUCAUGUUGAAGCGCGUGCGGAGGCAUUGAAAAAGCUAGCGAGCUCCUCUCAGCCUCCUCAGUCUCACGCUGCGUGUCCGCAGGUCAAGGUACUAAAAGGCAGAAGAGGAACUCGCUCUCCAUCCCCACGGACUCCACACCGGAAGCAGCAGCCAUGGCCUCAUCGGAGCUCGCACUUUUGAGUGUGUCAGACAAAACUGAACUGGUGGACUUCGCCAGGAGGCUGGUGGGCGUCGGGCUGUCUCUGGUCGCCUCGGGCGGCACAGCCAAAGCCCUGCGGGAUGCUGGGCUCGCUGUCAGGGACGUGUCUGAUCUGACGGGACAUCCAGAGAUGCUGGGGGGCAGAGUGAAGACCCUGCACCCCGCUGUGCACGGAGGCAUCCUGGCCAGGAAAAGCCCCACCGACACUGCCGAUAUGGAGAAGCUGGGCUACGGCCUCGUCAGAGUGGUGGUGUGCAACCUCUACCCGUUUGUCAAGACCAUCUCCAACGCGGCCGUUACUGUGGAAGAUGCUGUGGAGCAAAUCGAUAUCGGUGGUGUAACUCUGUUGAGAGCAGCGGCCAAGAAUCAUGCUCGGGUCACUAUAGUUUGUGAUCCGGCCGACUAUUCAGUGGUUGCCAAGGAGAUGGAGAGUUCAGGAGACAAAGAUACUACCCUGGAAACCCGAAGGACUCUUGCCCUCAAAGCCUUCACGCACACGGCGCAGUAUGACGAGGCCAUAUCGGACUACUUUCGUGGACAGUACAGCCGCGGUGUUUCCCAGCUGCCGCUGCGCUACGGCACCAACCCUCACCAGGCACCCGCCCAACUUUACACCCUGCGCUCAGCCCUGCCCCUCAAAGUGGUCAACGGUUCCCCGGGAUUCAUCAACCUGUGUGACGCUCUGAACGCCUGGCAGCUGGUCAGGGAGUUGAAGGGUGCCCUCGGCAUGGCUGCUGCCACCUCCUUCAAGCACGUCAGUCCCGCUGGCGCUGCAGUUGGAGUUCCUUUGACUGAGGAGGAAGCCAAAGUGUGCAUGGUGCAUGACCUGCUGAAGGAACUCAGCCCUCUGGCCACGGCCUACGCCAGGGCCAGAGGCUCAGACCGAAUGUCUUCUUUUGGAGACUUCAUUGCUUUGUCGGAUGUUUGUGACGUCCCCACUGCCAGGAUUAUAUCCAGAGAGGUGUCUGAUGGUAUCAUUGCACCUGGGUAUGAUGAGGAGGCACUCAAGAUCCUCUCCAAAAAGAAAAACGGCAACUACUGCGUGCUUCAGAUGGACCCAGACUACGAGCCCGAUGAGACCGAGGUGAGAGUGUUGUUCGGCCUCUAUCUCAAACAAAAGCGCAAUGGAGCUCUCAUCAAUAAGGAGUUCUUCAGCAACGUGGUCUCCGACGGCUCGCUCUCAGAGGAAGCCGUGCGCGACCUCGUUGUGGCCACCAUUGCUGUCAAGUACACACAGUCCAACUCUGUCUGCUACGCUAAAGACGGCCAAGUUGUUGGUAUUGGUGCUGGUCAGCAGUCUCGUAUCCAUUGCACACGGCUGGCUGGGGACAAAGUGGAUAACUGGUGGCUGAGGCACCACCCGCGUGUGCUCAGCAUGAAGUUUUGCAGCGGUGUGAAGCGAGCGGAGAUGGCCAACGCAAUCGACCAAUACGUCAGCGGCACCAUUGGAGAGGGCCCAGAUCUCGCAGUUUGGAAGUCCAAGUAUGAAGAGGUGCCUGAGCCCCUGUCAGAGACUGAGAAGAAGAACUGGGUGAGCUCGCUGCAGGCCGUGGCCGUCAGCUCAGAUGCCUUCUUCCCCUUCAGAGAUAACAUAGAUCGUGCCAAGCAGAGCGGUGUGAAGUACAUCGCGGCCCCAGCAGGCUCUGCUGCCGACCAGGUUGUGAUUAGUGCCUGUAACGAGCAAGGCAUCACUCUGGUGCACACCAACCUGCGGCUCUUCCACCACUGAGAACCUCAACGCAUCUCCAGCUGUUCUUUCAACUCAACUCAACAGUUUUUGGAUCUUUGGAGACAAAGUCUCUCUAGUGUUGCUGAUUCCUAGCCACCUCAUGCUGAAGUGUAGAUGUUCACCUGUUUUGUAACAUGUAAACAUCAAAGCGCUGCAUUAGCUGUUAGUGUUCCAGCAAGGUCAGAAACUUUCUGUGUGAAAUAAACUGAAUCACAAUGGG